AUGGGCAGAAGACUGUUGGCUUCUUUCCAAUCAUUGCACACUGAAGCAGAGAAAGCAGAUUUGCAAAAGUUGUCGUGUCUUCUGGCCGCCAUGACGGAGAGUGGCUUGCAGGCCGUCGUGGGAACUCCCAGUGAAGUCAGUGAAGACUCUGCGCAAGACUGUCUGGAUUCGCUGUUUCUUGAGCGCCUCCUUGAGAUGAUGACCCAGAUGAAAGCCAUCAGACCCGAGAUCGUGCGAGGGAUCCCAGUGCACCGAUUCCUGCGGCGCAUGCCAUGCAAGGGGUUGGCGAAGCAGCACAGGAUUUUCUACGGACGCAGUAAGGUGACGAAGCAGCUGGAUGAGUUCUGGUCUCACAGCUGGCGCACCAAGGCGUGGCUCAAGUAUGUCAACAUCCUCUUCUUGAACAACGGCUUCCCAGCCUUUGUGGUGGGCACUCUUUGUGCCCUGGUGGCUUUCUCUCUAAGUUUGGCUGGCAUCUUGCCACUGCAACGCACCGUGGGCCCCGCAAACGCGUGGUGCACCAUAGCUGGCAGCAUCGGCUACUACAUGACUCUUCUCCUCUGGCCUAGCAGGAAGCUCGCGUUCUUAGACAUCGCCUGCAUCAACCAGGAGGACGAAACCCAGAAAAGUGAGGCCCUACUCAGCAUGGGUGCAUUUCUGAGAUGCUCAAAGUCGCUGCUCGUCCUUUGGGAUGAGACAUAUGUUGCGCGACUGUGGUGCAUAUUCGAGAUGGCAGGUUUCUUACAUAGCAAAGGGCCUCGUGCGGACAAGUCUGUGCUGGUUUGCCCAGUGUUCGUGGGCCCCGCUCUUUUUGCGGGCAACCUCGGGCUCAGCGUGCUACUGCUUGCGCUCUUGUGUGCGGACUUGCCGCUGUUUCCGUGGGCUGGAAUCUUCAUCUCUGCUAUGGUGUUCCCAUGCAUGGUGUUGUUCGCCUAUGUGGUCCUUGUGCACUGUCGAAGCAUUGACGUGGUGCAGCACCAAGUCCGUCACUUCACUUUUGAACACUCCUUGUGUCACUGCUGUGAAAGCGGUCAUGUGGACGACAAUGGCGGGGAAGUAUCGUGCGACCGCCUCAUCAUCUUUCGAUGCAUUUCUGCUUGGUUUGGGUCUGUGGACGCCUUCGAGUCCCUCGUUCAGACGCGGCUGUUGAAGACAUUGGUCUGCCAGCUUGCGAACCAGGUGUUCUCAUACUGGCGCAUCGUGCAGGCAACAAUCCCAGCUGCAUGGGCCAUAUUGGAUCUGCACGAGAGCCGUCAGGACGCGGCUGCAGCGGUGCUGCAGACCAUGCUUGCAGCGGUGAAUUAUCCCUUCUGCGUGCUUCCAAUUUGUUCUCUGCUUAUGCUGCGCAUGGCUUACGGAGUACGUAGCCUUGGACACAGCAAAUGGACGCAAUGGCUGCUUUCUACCACGCUCAUUGCCGUAGAAUCACUGCUGUUUGGCGCCUACUUUUUGUGUGAGCAAGCUCUUCGCCAGCUUUCGGACGAUCACUUUGGAAACUGGUUGCCUGCCCACCUAGUGGCUCUGAUCUUGAUGGGUGCCGUCACCCUGGUUCUGUGGCGGCACUUGCCUGCUAUUGAGAUGCACUGGGAUUCUACAUCGAAUUCUUGA